AUACUCUCUAAUCUGUGUGCUGACUGACAGCCUGGUACCGACGAUACAUUCUGAAUUUUUGAUCGAAAUUAUUUAUUCUAUACACAUGUAAUUAAAAGUAUUCCAUAAUUCAAUUUAUUGGUCAGUUUCGGUCACCUUUCUACGCUGCAAAGAGUUGCGGCAAGAAUUUCAAUAUUGCAGUGUUUUGAGGUUAUGAUACAUAGUUUAUAAACAAGAGAUAUCGUUAGGCCGAUAUGGCUUUUUCUUUUGGUGCUUCUACAGGUACCACCCAGAGUGCCCCUUUCGGCUCUGCAGCUAAACCAACAUUCUCAUUUGGGAGUACUAAUACUGCCACUACCUCAAACGCUGGAUUCAGUUUUGGAACCUCCACAACUUCCUCUGGCUUUGGUUCAUUGGGAGCAACUAGUACAGCUGCACCUUUUGGAGGCUUAGGGACAGCUCCAGCGUCUACGGCACCAUCAUUAUUUGGUGGAACUGGCUUUGGAAAUACAACAUCUAAACCUGCAACAGGCUUUGGAACUGGUGGAUUUGGUACCAACACAUUUGGAACAGGUACAACUUUCGGAGCUGGUACUUCUACUUUCGGCAGUACAGCCCCAACAUUUGGUACCAACACACUUGGUUCCAACACGCUUGGCUCCAACACAUUUGGCACUUCAACAUUUGGUACUGGAUCAACAUUUGGUUCUGCAUUUGGAACUAAACCAGCUACCACUGGGUUUGGUGGGUUCGGCGCUGGUCUUGGAACCAACACGUUUGGACAGCCUCAGCAGCAGCAACAGCAGCAGCAGCCGGCCGGGCCCGCGUCGGCGCACGAGGCGCUUAUCGCGGCGGUGUUCAACUGCAACGUCUUCGGGGAUGAGCGCGACCAGGUGCUAGCCAAGUGGAACCUCUUGCAGGCUCAGUGGGGCACUGGACAAGCUUACUAUAGUCGGAAUGCUCCAGCACUGGAGCUGAAUGAGCAGAACCCAUUAUGUCGGUUCAAAGCAGUGGGGUAUUCAAGACUGGGCGGUCGGGAAGACAAGGAAGGUCACGUUGCUUUGACGUUCAACAAGACAGAACAAGAAAUCAAGAAUAAUCAGCAAGCACUCAUCACAUCACUAUCUGGUUUGUUGGGUAAUAAACCGAACCUCACUGUUAACAUUGAUGCAGUGAAAAAUGUUUUAGAAAACAAAAGUCAGGUGGUGAUAUUCGUCGUGGACAAGAACGCCGGGGGUUCCCACGUGUCCGCGUCAGAGUUAGCUGCGUUUUUGAACGCGGGCGCCGCUCGCACCGCGCUCGCCGGCGCCGGCUGCUCCGCCGUCACGCCCGUCACCCGGCCCUCGCCGCAGAUGCUGCAAAACUACCUGCAGACGCCGCCGCCAGGAAUGGACAUGCGACUUUGGAAGCAAGCACAAGCAGACAAUCCUGAUCCUGAAAACUACAUUCCUGUGCCUAUCAUUGGUUUUUCCGAGAUAAAAUUCCGCGCAAGUUGUCAAGCUGAGCAAGCCGGCUUGCAGGCCAGUUGGCUGCGUAAAGCGAGCGAUACUUUGGGCGAGCUUCGCACUAGGAGAGCCGCCGCCGCCGCCCGGCUGUCGCAAUUGGCUGCAAGGCUGCAUGGGUUAAGACACACUUUGUUACAAGUGAUAGCACGCCAAGAGACGCUGAAUCACGUGGGAGUGGCGCUUAGCCCCGAAGAAGAAGCGGCGCGGGCGCGCCUUCAUGAGUUAGCCUCACAACUUGCCGCGCCGCCGCUAUACAAUGGUCGCCUGAAUGAGCUGCUCUGCGCGGUUAGGCUGCAGCGCAGCGCCAGCGCGGGCGCAUCUCAAGAACGCUACCAGCUAGAUCCAGGCGCGCAAGAAGACGUGAAGCAAUUCCUGACGAUGCAGCAGCGCGGCAUGGCGCAUCUGCUCGAUACAGCGCGCCAGGAUCUCGCCGCUCUCAACGCGAUCUCCGAAGGCAUGGCGCGGCUUGUUCGCGCCUAGCGCCGACUAAACAGUAGGCCCUAAACGCACUUAUAACUGCUUGAGAGUUGAACACACUGAGGACCGGUUUGCAACGAGGUAGAGGCGAGAUGUGUAGAAAAUUCUCUAUCUGAGAGACGUUUUUACCAAAGUGGAGACGAGGCGAGAUGCGCAUGCUAUUUCCACCAAAGCAGAGCGGAGUGGAAAUAUGCGGAGAGUUUUUAUCUUUUUGAGAGUUCAGCGGAGAUACAUGAAUAAUUCUUAUUUUUCUAAAAGGUGUCUUUAUUCCCGCUCCGUUUCGUCCCGAUUAGGGCCGUUUUUCAUCAAAGCGGAGACGAGAGACAUUUAUUUCCAUUAAAAGGAGGUGCAAUUCUGCUCAACCGUUUCCACUUGGAGACGAGACGUUUCAAUAACGAAAUUCUUUUGAUUGCUUAUUACACGUCUAGUCUCCUUUCGCAUCGUCUACGCCUCACCUGAUACGCAACCGCAGCUGGUUUCUGCGUGGCGUGGUGCAUCGUACCGCCUCAGUGUGUUUUGCGCUUUGAGAUUACACAUGGUGUUAAAGCUACACGUUGCCACGUGGCGAACUCGAUAUUGGCGACGACAAGAUACAAACAACUACAUGAGUAUAAAAUUUUGGAAUUGUAUCAGUGAAUUUUAUUAUAUGUACUUCAAAACGCCUUUAUUGAUAAUUUCACAUUGAAAUCAAAGGUAAGAUUAUCUGAAUUAAGUAUACUUUUAGUACACUGAAAAUGAGUUUUAAUUUAUGUCUGUAGCCAU